AUGAAGUUCGGAGUCUUGGUGCUCGCUUCGGCGGCAAGUGCUCACACGCUCUUUACCACGCUCUAUGUCAACGGGGAAAACCAGGGUGACGGGACCUGUGUGCGAAUGCCGCACGACAGCUCGACGGCCAACGGCCCGAUAUACCCCAUUACGGGAGACGACAUGUCCUGUGGGCGUGACGGCAACAAAGCCGUCGCCUAUACUUGUCCCGCGCCGCACAAUGCCACGCUGACGUUCAAGUUCCGCGAGUGGACUGACGGCACCCGACCUGGGGUCAUUGCGCCGGAGCACAAGGGCCCUUGCUCGGUGUACCUGAAGAAGAUGGACGACAUGUACGCCGACAACGCUGCCGCCGGGCCGGGCUGGUUCAAGGUGUGGGAGGACGGCUACGACGCCGGCUCGGGCCAGUGGUGCGUGGACAAGCUCAUCGAGAAGGAGGGCCUUCUCUCGGUGCGUCUGCCCGAGGGCCUGCCGGCGGGCUACUACCUCGUGCGUCCGGAGAUCCUGGCCCUGCACAACGCUCCUCAGGGGGAUCCGCAGUUUUAUCUCGGCUGCGCGCAGAUCUACGUGCAGGAGGGGCCCGACGGCCCUCUGCGCAUACCGGAUGAGGCCAACGUGUCGAUACCGGGACACGUGUCUGCGGACACGCCUGGCCUGACGUACAACAUCUACAAAAAGUCGCAGGGCGAGUAUCCGAUUCCGGGGCCGAAAGUGUUUAUCCCAGAGGCCAAGUCGUUCUCGCCCAGUCCGGGCAACCAGACAGAAGGCGCCAUCCCCAAGGACUGCGUCGUCAAGAACGCAAAUUGGUGCGCCAAGCCGCUGCCGGGCUUUUCGAACGAGGACGGCUGCUGGGCGUCGGUGGAGAACUGUUGGAGUCAGGACCAGGCGUGCUGGAACUCUGUAACUCCCAGCGGCGACGUCAACUGCAAGACGUGGCAGGAGUAUUGUACGCAGUCGGAGACGCGGUGCAACUCGGGGGACUAUGCCAAGGGCCCCGUGGAGUUCAAGGGCGAGGACACGAUGCCGGAUUUGCCAGGCAAGGCUCUCGGGAUGUGGAAUGAUGUUUUCACGGCGACGGGGUAG